AUGAAAUUCUCCUCAAUUGCCGUCGUCUUAACUUUGUUGGCAGCAACUUCUUUUGCUGAGCCAUCCGCCAACCAAGAGAAACGUGAUGCCGAGCCAUACUAUUACUACAAGAGGGAGGCCAACCAAGAGAAACGUGAUGCCGAGCCAUACUAUUACUACAAGAGGGAGGCCAACCAAGAGAAACGUGACGCCGAACCAUACUACUACUACAAGAGGGAAGCCAACCAAGAGAAACGUGAUGCCGAACCAUACUACUACUACAAGAGGGAAGCCAACCAAGAGAAACGUGAUGCCGAACCAUACUACUACUACAAGAGGGAAGCCAACCAAGAGAAACGUGACGCCGAACCAUACUACUACUACAAGAGAGAAGCCAACCAGGAAAAACGUGACGCCGAGCCAUACUACUACUACAAGAGAGAAGCCAACCAGGAAAAACGUGACGCCGAGCCAUACUACUACUACAAGAGGGAAGCCAACCAAGAGAAACGUGACGCCAACCAAGAGAAACGUGACGCCAACCAAGAGAAACGUGAUGCCAAUCAAGAGAAACGUGAUGCCGAACCAUACUACUAUUAUAAGAGGGAGGCCAAUCAAGAGAAACGUGACGCUGAGCCAUACUACUAUUACAAACGGGAAGCAAACCAAGAGAAACGUGACGCCGAAGCAUACUACUACUACAAGAGGGAUGCUGAAGCUUCCCCUGAACCAUAUUACUACUAUAAGCGCGAUGCUGAAGCGAGUCCUUACUACUACUACAAACGUGAUGCUUCCCCUUACUACUACUAUUAA